GCCUGCUCUUGCUCUCUCAGACAGUGCCAUGGGAAGAUCACCACCCUCCCCACCCUCCAGUGAGUCUGGUGGAUCCGUGCCACCUCAGAAGAGCUAUUCCAGUGUUAGGUCAAUUGGGUCUGGGUCACGCUGGAUUGGAGGUGGUGGAGCUAGGUCCAGCUAUGGAUACUCUUUGGGGUUGGGGUUGGGCGGUGGUGUCCACAGCCAAGUUGGGCUUGGAUUAGGUUCAGGCAUAGGUGUAGGCAUUGGUGGUGGCAGGCUUAGUGCAAGCGUUGGUGGUAGCAGGCUUGGUGCAAGCUUUGGUGGCAGGCUUGGGUUAGGCUUGGCUUCUGGAGGUGAUGCUGUAGGUGGUGGCAGGCUUGAGUUAGGAUGGGCUGCUGGAGGUGGUGUAGGAGGUGUUGCCAGAGGUGGUGCUGGUUUCUGGACUGGAGGGAUUGCAGAUGGUGGCCUUCACCCAUUUGCCACCAAUGAAAAACUGGAGCUGCAGUCCCUUAAUGACAGGUUGGCCAUCUACCUGGACAAGGUGAAGAAACUGGAGAUUGCCAACCGAGAGCUGGAGGAGAAGCUCCGGGGCUUCAAAGCCAACAAGGUGCCAGUCACGUAUGACAUGCAAGCCUAUCAGAUUCAACUACGUCCACUGCAAGACCAGCUUGCAGAUCUUCUGAAGGACUGCUCACGCCUUGCUCUGUUGAUCGAUAAUGCCAAACUGGCUUCUGAUGAUUACAGAAUCAAGUAUGAGAAUGAGGUUGCUGCAAGGCAGGCGGUGGAGAGCGAUGUUGCUGCCCUGAAGGCUAUGAAGAUAGAAUAUGACCUGGCCACUGCUGAAAUGGCACAAGAAUAUCAAAUACUGCUGAAAGAUCGUGACACCAUCCAAAGCACCCAUGAGCAGGAGGUGUUGUCUCUGCGUGGGCAGGUGGCAGGAACACUGACCGUAAAUGUUCAGGCAGAGACCAGCGUGGAUCUCUCUCACAGACUGGCUGACCUCCGUGCUGAGUAUGAAAACAUUGCAGAGAGAAACCACCGAGAAAUUGAGAACUGGUAUGCUGGAAAGAUGGCAACAAAGGACCAGCAGAUUUCAGCUGUUACUGAGGUCACCGUGACUGGAAGUGCUGAGAUCGUUGCAAGCCGAACUCAGAUCCUGACCCUGCAGACAGAGCUGGAUGCAGCACUGCUCCAGAAAAACCAACUGGAGCAGCACCUGGUGGAGGUUCAGGGGCAGAAUCAGAAUCAACUCCUCACUUUAAGUCGGCUGGCUGGUAGUCUGGAGGGUGAGUUGGCCUCAGUGCGGGAGAGUGCUCUUCAGCAGGCCCGGGAAUACCAGGUGCUACUCAGCACUAAAAUGCAGCUGGAGAAAGAGAUCGCUACUUACAAAUCAUUGUUGGAGUUUGCUGGAGACCUCAGCAAGUUCCCUGGCUACAGCAUCCUAUCAUCAUGGGCACAGAGCUCACCAGCACCCUCAGUAGACCUGAGAUCCCUCUCCCCUAAGGCAUCUCCAGCUCCAAGUGUCUCAGGAGAAGGUGCGGCUGCUGCAGGUGUGGUUGCCUCAUCUGGAAGCGGCAGCAGAGAAGGCGCAGCUGCUGCAGGUCCCGUUAUAUGUGACUGAGGGGAACAAUCAAGACUAUAAAGUGAACCUCUUCAUGGUCCUGAAGAACAUCACUGCUCUCUUCCUUCAAAGCUGAACCCAGUUAGCUCUGCAUGACUGUGACUGUAAUAAACGCAAAUUCAAAUGCA